AUGGGUGUAGUGUUCUCUAUGGGUAUCGCGUCGUUCUUGUCGGUCCUUGGGCAAUCCCUACCGCCCAAGUCGACGUUUAGCACGGAUCAGAUCCCAGACUUGACGGGGCAGGUCAUGAUCGUCACAGGAGGAAAUACUGGAAUUGGGAAAGAGACGAUCAAGGCGCUCUUGCAGCACAACGCGAAGGUGUACAUGGCGUCGCGGAGCGCGGAGAAGGCUACGGAGGCCAUUGCAGAGCUGAAGGCGGAGACGGGCAAGGAGGCUAUCUUCCUGCAGCUCGACUUGGCCGAUCUAUCGGCCGUGCGCAAGGCGGCGGAGGAAUUUUUGAGCAAGGAGAAGGAGUUGCAUGUCUUGUUUAACAACGCCGGUAUCAUGUGGUGCCCCAUCGAAUUGCUCAGCGCCGACGGCUACGACCUGCAGUUCGGCACGAACGUGAUCGGACAUUUCUUCUUCACCGAGCUACUCAUGCCGGCUUUGCUCGCCGGAAAGGAGACAUCCCCCGAUCACCACGCGCGCGUGGUCACCACCUCGUCCAGCGGCGCGUACAUGUACACGCUCGAUUGGGAAACGUUCAGGGACGGCCCUGCGCGGAGGAAGUUGAGUGUCAUCGAUCUCUAUUCUCAGAGCAAAUUUGGGAACGUCGUAGUCGCGCGGGAGGUUGCGAAGCGGUAUGCGGACAAGGGCAUCGUUUCCGUCUCCCUCAAUCCCGGUAACAUCAAGACCGAGCUGCAGCGGUAUGCCAGUAAUACAGCGCGGAAUGUUAUGAAUAAGAUUAUGUACGAGGCGCCGAUGGGCGCGCUCACCCAGCUGUGGGCAGGGACAAUGCCCGAGCCUCUGAACUAUAACGGCAAGUUCUUGAUUCCGUGGGCACGCCUUGGCGAGUGCAGGAAGGAGGCGUAUGACGAUCAAAUCGGGGAACGCCUGUGGAAUUGGCUGCAGGAACAGGUGAAGGACAAGUAG